UGGCUAAAUCGGAGCCGGAAGUGGACGUUGACAGGGAAAUCUCUUCUCUGGAGCUCUGUAUUCCUCUCAAAUCAGAACUCAGUAGACUUUUUGCUUUUUAGCUAAAUAAAAUAAAGUCACACUGCAAUCGCAGCUAACAGUUUCCAGGGAUGGGCUCUAAAGAUCUGAAACUCCUGGAUGUGUUUUCAUACGAUAGUCUCGUGCAUGCAGUCGCCGGUGCGAUGGGCAGUGUAACAGCAAUGACUGUUUUCUUUCCUCUUGACACAGCCCGGCUCAGGCUGCAAGUCGAUGACAAGCGGAAAGCCAAAUCUACCCCAGCCAUUCUGUCUGAGAUCAUCAAGGAGGAGGGUCUGUUAGCUCCAUAUAGAGGCUGGUUUCCAGUGAUCUGCAGCCUUUGUUGCUCAAACUUCGUCUACUUCUAUUGUUUCCAUAGUCUGAAGGCCACCUGGCUGCAAGGUCAGAGGUCAACACCAGGACGAGACCUCCUUUUUGGCAUUGCUGCAGGUGUAGUUAAUGUUCUUGUGACCACUCCGCUCUGGGUGGUCAAUACCAGACUGAAACUGCAGGGGGCGAGAUUCAGAAAUGAAGACAUACAGCCCACGCACUACAAUGGAAUUAUUGAUGCGUUUGUACAGAUCAUGCAGCAGGAGGGAGUGGGUGCGUUAUGGAACGGGACGUUUCCCUCCCUGCUGCUGGUGCUCAAUCCAGCCGUGCAGUUCAUGAUCUACGAGGGUCUGAAGAGGCAGCUCACGAGGGGCGUCCACAGAGAGCUCUCCUCAGUGGAGGUGUUUCUGAUUGGAGCCAUUGCCAAGGCUGUUGCGACCACCAUAACGUACCCUCUACAGACGGUUCAGUCUGUUCUACGGUUCGGACAGCAUGGGCAGCCUGCAGGUCAGUCCAAACUCCUGAACAGCCUGAGAUCUGUCAUGUAUCUGCUGAUCAACAGAGUCAGGAAGUGGGGCAUGCUGGGAUUGUUUAAAGGCCUGGAGGCGAAGCUGCUUCAGACGGUCCUCACUGCUGCACUGAUGUUCUUGCUGUACGAGAAGAUCGCCAGCACCACCUUCAGGGUCAUGGGCGUCAGACGCACAGUGACGGCCCACUGACCUCUCACAGGAUGUUUAUUAGCCCACCGAUGUCAUAGGAACGGAGUAUAGCUGUGUAAUGAAAAAUAGUCAAUUGAUAUGGUUUUUUUUUUAUUUAAAUUUUUUUAAGAUCUAAACACUCAAAAUGGACAGGAACAAUCAAAGGUUUAGACACACUUGACUCAGUUUGUUUCUCAUGAUCUAUAAAACAUUUUGACCUAUAGGCUUCAGUAAUUGUAAGAAAAUAAAAUCUAAAUAUUAGGGGGGAAAUUAAAAUGAAAAUUAAAAAUAUUGCUUUGGCAGCUAACUAAGAUAAAUAAUUAAGUUGUACAUAUGAAAAUGACUAAAACUAAAAAGCUACAUAGAAAAAAAAAAACUUACACUAAUAGUAGAAUGAAGACUGAAAAUAUAAAACAAUAACUAAUUUAAAAUAUUAAUGUAUACUAUUAUUAUUAUUAUGUAUAUAUUAUUAAUAACGUUAUUAGUAUAUACAUAAUACUGAAAUACUAAUUCUUAGAUUAGAAGGUUUAUAGUAUAAACUAGAUAUAAAAUGUGUAAAAUUUUGAUGAUGAAAUAUAGAACAUUUAAUUUGUGCUCCUUUUUUUGUAUAAUUCUCACUUCUAUUUGUGUUAUUUCAUAUAUGAAUAACUUGACUAUUAUUCAGAAAUUCUUAAGAAAAUACUAAAAGAAAGCGUGUGUCCAAACUUUUGAUUGAUAGUGCAUUAAUAUAAAUAAUUAUCACAAAUAAGAUGUAUGCAAAUGCAAUAGUACUGAAAUGAAUCACACUUAUAUUAUAAUUAUUGCAAUAUGUACUCUUUAAUGCAAAAUUGCCUCAAUAGGUCAAUACCUUGGUCAGUAUUUCAUGGUUUUUUUUUUUUUUUUAUAAUAUUUCAUUUAAAAUAUGAUCUGAU